AUGGGAGAUAUCUCGGAUAUUAUAAAGGGUUAUAGGCUCCUCGAAGAGUAUGAGCUUUCCCAAAGUCUCUCAAACCUCUUUGAAGCCCAAAAGGGUAAAUACGAAGCCACAGAGGAACACACUGCAGAUAUUUUGAGAGAAUUCUACUAUAAAAAACUAGCAGAACUAUACAAGACCCUAGGAACUACAAGUGCAUACUCGAUAUCGUACAAUCAACCAAAUGAUGACCAAGAUGGCUCAACUCUGGAUGAACCUCACCAUUCCAGCAACAUUAAUCCAAGCUUUAACAAUGAGAAUAAAAAUACAACCGAAAAUAUGUUAGAAGAACUAGAAUCUACGACCAAAACGCUGGAAUCGUACUACGAGGCGAUUAACAGGGGGGUCUGGAACAACUCUAAACUAAACGAAGCAUUUUCUGCAACAUACCUGGAUGAAGAAAAAUGGCCAAAGGCUUCAAAAUUACUGAAAGAAGCCAGCAAGGGUGACAAGUACAGACAGUGCCUGGACCUCCUAGAGGCUCGCGACGAGCUCUGCAGGAAAAUCAUCGCAGUUCAGCACUGCCUAAUUAUCUCUACACACACCUCCAACGUUGCAUCGACGCAAUCUGAUCGCAAAUGUGUGCCUUUGGAACCCUCGGGAGAGGCAAGAGAGCAGAAGACCCCCGUAGAGGCUGCCGUGACAGAAAAUCGCAAACUACUACAGAGAAUUGAACUCUACAAGAAUGAAUUGAUGAGAGUCUACGAGAAUUCCGGGAACUAA